CCGCCUGCAGCCGCCGCCGCCGCCGGCUCCCUACGGCCCGCGGUGCGGUACGCGCCUGCGCCGGCUCUCGCCUUGGAGCAGCCAUGAUGGAAGGCCUGGACGACGGCCCCGACUUCCUCUCGGAGGAGGACCGCGGACUUAAAGCAAUAAAUGUAGAUCUUCAGAGUGAUGCUGCUCUGCAGGUGGACAUUUCUGAUGCUCUGAGUGAGAGAGACAAAGUAAAAUUCACUGUUCACACAAAGAGUUCAUUGCCAAAUUUUAAACAGAACGAGUUUUCUGUUGUUCGACAACAUGAGGAAUUUAUCUGGCUUCACGAUUCCUUCAUUGAAAAUGAAGACUAUGCAGGUUACAUUAUCCCUCCAGCACCACCAAGACCUGAUUUUGAUGCCUCAAGGGAGAAACUACAGAAACUUGGAGAAGGAGAAGGGUCUAUGACAAAGGAGGAAUUCACGAAGAUGAAGCAGGAAUUGGAAGCUGAGUAUUUGGCAAUAUUCAAGAAGACGGUUGCAAUGCAUGAAGUGUUUCUGUGUCGUGUGGCUGCACAUCCCAUUUUGAGGAAAGAUUUAAAUUUCCAUGUCUUCCUGGAAUAUAAUCAAGAUUUGAGUGUGCGAGGAAAAAAUAAAAAAGAGAAACUGGAAGAUUUCUUUAAAAACAUGGUUAAAUCAGCAGAUGGAGUAAUUGUUUCUGGAGUAAAGGAUGUAGAUGAUUUCUUUGAGCAUGAACGAACAUUCCUUUUAGAAUAUCAUAACCGAGUUAAGGAUGCAUCUGCUAAAUCUGAUAGGAUGACAAGAUCCCACAAAAGUGCUGCAGAUGAUUACAAUAGAAUUGGUUCUUCAUUAUAUGCUUUAGGAACUCAGGAUUCUACAGAUAUAUGCAAGUUUUUUCUUAAAGUUUCAGAACUGUUUGAUAAGACAAGAAAAAUAGAAGCACGAGUGUCAGCUGAUGAGGACCUCAAACUUUCUGACCUUUUAAAAUAUUACUUAAGAGAAUCCCAAGCUGCUAAGGAUCUCCUCUAUCGAAGAUCUAGGUCAUUAGUGGAUUAUGAAAAUGCCAAUAAAGCACUGGAUAAAGCAAGAGCGAAAAAUAAAGAUGUUCUGCAGGCUGAAACAUCCCAACAGUUAUGUUGUCAGAAAUUUGAAAAAAUAUCUGAAUCUGCAAAACAAGAACUUAUAGAUUUUAAGACAAGAAGAGUUGCUGCAUUCAGAAAAAAUUUAGUGGAACUGGCGGAGUUAGAACUGAAGCAUGCAAAGGUGCAGAGAAAGAUACACCUUUUGCGGGGCAUUUUGGCAGGUGUCAGCCUGCAGCACAUACAUCUUGUGACUCACCGGUUCCCGUUGGGGGAUGCAGCUGUAAGAAGGGUAAUCUACAGUUGCUGCAGAACUGCCUGGCAGUGCUCAAUGGAGACACAUAAGCCACACUCUUGCCUUCCAGUUAAAAAGGGCUGCCUUCCUUCAGAUUUUAUUUUUUCUUAAUGAUGUUAGGCAUUUACUGCUCACUGGAAAUGAAAGAAACAGCUGACAGAGUGCAUCUCCUCUCCUUUUUCUGAAAAAUAAUGGAUCAGUGCCACCCACGGGUCUGCAGGCUGCGUGGUGGCACCUGCACCCUGGACAAUUGCCCAUCAUCGCGCCCUCCUCCUCUUCAGAAGUCCAAAGUUCUGUCUUUUUUAAGUAGCCUCUAUAACUGUGUUUAUGAAUAGUAUUCCUUUUGGCUGCCAAUCUUAUUUACCUUUAAAUAAUUUCUGAAGUUUAACCCUUUCAAAAAUACAUGGUUUAAACGAAGAUAAGAAUUGCCAUUACCUCUUUUUUUUUUGUUAAUUUUGUUUAAAAAAUUAUACACCACCAUAGUUCACUCUUGUAUCCUGGUAAAGCAUCUUAAUCAGACUUAUUUUAAUUAAUUAACAUUUCUUAGAAAUUUUGGGACAGGCUUUAUGUACUCUUUAUAAGUAUGAUUUCUGAAGAAAAGCAAAUGCAUUAGUAUGUUUGCCUUAAACUUGUAGACUAAACCAACUAUUGUCAAAUAAACAGUGAUAACAGUGAUAGUUUUUAACUCUGUGGUCAUUGUAUCACUCUAAAAUUUGGAGUAGCUAUAAUCUACUCCUAUACUAUGCUUUUACAGUGCAGGUCUUAGCUUUUCUUUAUUUCUUUUAAAAUGGCAUAUGGAACCAAGUUCACCGCUUUCCAAAAGAAUGAACUGCUUCUCUGGGUGCUUUGAGCACUUCGUGUAAGAUGGAAUUGGACAGAGACAGGUUAGAGACCGCUGUUUCUAAAACUGGAACAGAGACUCUGAUCUGUUAUAAUUUCCAGGAUUCCACCUCUAGCUCAGCCAAUUAACCAUGAGACAUAUGCCGGAGUAUAGAUUGGUAUGUAGAGAGAAAGAGGCCUGCUAUAGGGAAUAGCACUUGUCAGUGGGGAAAAGUUGGAAUAUUUGGAAUAAAAGUUAGGGUACAAAGUUAAGGUAAUGUCAGUAGCUACUUUACAAAUAUUAUUGACCUUUCUAAUGUGAAUGACCAUUAUGUUAUUCCUAGUUUAAGAUUAGCUUGAGUGGUUGGAUUCUUCCAUUCUAAGUUGUCUCCCAUGUAGAAACCACAGGCAUUUGGGUUGGUCACUCCUGCGGUGUGUUCCUAAUUGUUUUUGCAAACCAUUCUGAAGACCGCCUGCCUGGGUCUCAGGGCUAGUUACUCCGGUUCCCGACUUCUCUGCUGCUUGUCUCUUGCCUCACUGGUGUGCUGCUCAAUGUUUCUCUCUGUUACUGUUGUUCCUCAGUGUGUUUGAAUUGUCCAUGUUUGUGUUGGCUGAGAGAUUGUUUUUUGUCCUCCAUGUCCCCUUCACUGGUGAGAAUAUGCCCCUGUGAUGCCCACCAGUGGGUGAGCGUGGGGUGGAGGGCCCCAGCCUCUGGAUUCAGGGGCAGUCCCUUGUGGCCUCAGACCACAGGGUUCACUUGAGCUCUUUGCCUGUUUCUCCACCAUGAAGGAUAUACUGACCUACCUCACAGGGGUGUUGUGAGGAUUAAUAAAUGUUGGUACAGUGCUUUGGAAA